AUGGAUCCUUCAGAUAGACCGCCGAACUUUAUGGGGGCCACGAUUAUCGAUGUUGAUAUAGACGCAGCUAAUAAUAUGAAUUCAGAUUUGCCAACAUGGUUAAGAGACGUUCUUGAUAGAGCCUUGAGUGCUAGUGGGAUAAGAACUAAGAAGAAAGCUGCAUCGGAAGAUGCAAUAAAUAGUUUAACAGAACUUGAUUUAUCAUCAGUUUCGGAUCCCAAUUGUCCUAUUUGCUUCGACCCUUAUCAAGCAAGAAACAAGAAGGAAAGUAAGAAUGUGAAAGAAGAGAAUAGUAAUACUGCCCAAGGAAGUUCGAGUAUGUACAGCGAUCUUAGAGAACAGAAUGCAUCAAUAUGUGAGAAUUUGAAUAACAUUUACAAUAUAAAUAAUAUUCAGUCAAUGGAGCAUGCUCAACAAUUUAAUGAUCCUUCGUUGUUUUUCCCUGUAGACGAAGGUGCUCUUAUCAGCUCAAGGUUUCCGUCUAGAAACUUAAGUACAUUAGAAAAUGCAAGACCAGAUCAAAUACUACCAGGAUAUGCGGAGGAAGAAAACAUGGAAGAGAGUCAAGAUAAAGAAAAAGAAGAAGAGGUGUCACAUAUGCCAGUCAAAAUGCCAAAUUGCGAUCAUGUGUUUGGGAAAUCGUGCAUUAUUGAAUGGUUGAAGGGUAACGUUAGUUGUCCUUUGUGUCGUGAAGAGGUGGAGGCUCUGAAAGAAACAGACCCAAAAAUUGCCAGACGAAACAACAUUCGAGACAAUAGUUUCUAUAACUUUAAUUCCAACGAGGAACAAGUGGUUGAUCAUAUUUUAAACCAUCUGACCGACGUUUUUAACCCAUUCAGGAGACCUUUCAACCCAUCUAUAACACCUUUGACAGACUCAUACAUGCAUCAAGAUUGGGCAACGCCAUAUUUUACAGUAGAUGGUAACUCACCACGCUCUUUAACGAGCCGAGAGCCAAAUUUGGUUGUCCCAAGAAGAUUCCCAUUUUCUGAAGGUAAUAACAGCGUACCUUUUAUGCCACUCAGAAGCCGAGUUCGAGACUUGAGGAGAGAAACCAGAAGAAAUAAUGCAUCUGAAACAAACCGUAGCUCAAACACUGAGACUGGUACUACUCUGGAGACUGAUGCGGGACGCGACACCAUCCAACCGAUUGGUGAAGACCAAAACGAGCAAAGCUCAUCUCAUGUAUCCUUUUCGGAUACACGGAGUUCACUGCCUGCAUCAAAUGGAAGAGGUGGCCCAGAAAGAACGUCUAGAAACCGAACAACUAACGGUAGAUCUCAUCCAUAUGUUAGACCUCCAUCGGUAGAUUGA